AUGCUAGCAGACUCCUUCCCUGCUACUUCAGUGCCGCAUGAUCCGGUCGACGAGACAGCUGAUGAGACUAUAUUCUCUAGUCUGCCAUCUAUAUUCAUCCUCAAUACUCAUCUAUCUCAAGAAGAGCUUGAUAAUGUGGAGGACUGUCUUGUUGGACAUGGUGGAAAUAUAACUUACAAUCCCUCGGAGGCGACGCUUUUCCUUGGCAAAAUUUCACAAAAGAAACGCGCCGCCCUUGAGCUACGGCGCUGCGACGUCUGGACAGAUGAAAUAACAGCCAUUCGAAAACCAGAGCCGCUCCUCUCGCAUGGUACAUAUGAGCCUCCUCUGAAGCGAAGGAAGCAUGAACAAGUCAGCCAUGAGGUUGACCCUGUGACUGGAACCAUUGAUCUCACAACAGACUCGGAAGAGGAGCAAGACGGAGUGCAAAUUCAAUUUUCCCCAGUCGAACCCGAAAGACACAGUGAAGAGGAAACUGCGGGUAUUGUUACCGUACUUAAGCUUGAAUGGUUAGAUCGGUCCGUUGCGGCUGGGAAACCACUCCCAAUCGACCCCUUUCUAAUCUAUCGCGGGCGAAAGACCGGAGGAGCAUCGAAAACUACAGUGGCCACGAAUACACAACCAAGACAAAUCUCAAGUCAGAUUCUUCAACGUGCGAAAGAAGACGCUGCGUCGCAGCCACCUCCACCAGCUGUUUCUAAUCGUUUCCAACAUCGACGCUCCAAGAACCCUGCGGACGGCAAUUCCAGCCAGUUACAACUGCUUCGCCAGACAACAUCCGAGAAUGAUGAGCCGAUCUCGAUACCACCACAGCCAGAUUGGGUUCGUGAUCAUGUUCCCUACGCCUGUUUGCGUUCAACGCCUCUGCACUCGCCAAAUGAAGAUUUCAUCUCCCAGCUCAUAAAAAUUCGCCAAAUACGCAAGCUUACACUGAAUGAAGUUGGAGUUCGUGCUUAUAGCACUUCGAUUGCAGCCAUAGCUGCGUACCCUUACAAGAUCCGCCGAUCUAGCGAGGUCCUCCAGCUUCCGGGGUGCGACGCGAAAGUUGCAAAUCUUUUUGCUGAAUUUCAAGAAAACGGCAGUUGCUCACAUUCUGAAGAAGACGGGAGUAUUUCUGCCGCAGAUGAACUAGACACGGACCCUGUUUUACGGGUCUUGAACACCUUCAACGAUAUAUGGGGCGUUGGUGCCAAAACGGCACGAGAAUUCUACUUCAGUCGAGGCUGGAGAAACCUCGAUGACAUCGUCGAGCAUGGUUGGAAUACGCUGUCUCGCGUGCAGCAAAUAGGGGUCAAGUUUUUUGAUGAAUUCAAGGAAGGCAUUCCUCGAUCAGAAAGCGAGGCAAUAGCUGCUAUUGUUAAGGAGCACGCGAAUAAAGUGAGACCGGAGUCGAACAACGAAAUAGAUUGCAUUCUUGUCGGUGGCUAUCGACGAGGAAAGGAAUUGGGUGGAGAUGUCGACAUUAUACUCACACAUCGAGAUGAUGCGGUCACCCGAAACCUCGUCUUUGACGUUGCUGCUAGUCUCGAGGAGCAGCAAUAUAUUACGCACACGCUCUCUCUGCAUUUGACCUCGACGCUUCGGGAACAACAAACCGCUCCUUAUCACGACGAAACUGGAAAGCAUUUUGAUACGCUUGACAAAGCGUUGGUUGUUUGGCAAGAGCCAAAAUUCGACAGUUCCCAACACAACAAGAAUCCAAACCCUCAUCGCCGAGUUGAUAUUAUCAUAUCACCUUGGCAAACUGUUGGCUGUGCAGUUCUUGGAUGGACAGGUGAUACAACAUUCCAGCGCGACUUGAGGCGUUAUGUUAAGAAGUCUCAUGGCUGGAAGUUUGAUUCUAGUGGUGUACGUGAACAGACUUCUGGCGGGCAGGUUCUUGAUCUUGAGCAGGGUGGGGAGACCUGGGAAGCGCGGGAGAAGCUGGCAAUGGAGAAUUUGGGUAUCGGAUGGAGACCCCCAGAUCAGAGAUGCUCGCGAUGA